GUGGGGUAAAGUGUACUAAGCCUGCCAUAGGAAAGUACUAAUAGCAAAAAAAUAGAAAUCAUUUCUAAACCAUGAGUUCUGAAGCAAGCCGGGGAAAAGAAAAUGCAGUUGGUUCAGUUUCAGCAAACAAGGAGUGGAAGUGCCCCUUGGGGGAUGGACACAUCCACGGCGAAGACGUGAGAAAGGUUUGGAAAGAGUGCCAAGAGCAAAGUUUCUGGUACAGAGCUCUUCCCUUCUGUUUGGGCAGCAUGGCCAUCACUGGGGCUCUCAUCUACACUGAUAUUUGGAAAAAGUCAAAGCGAUUUGGUCCCUUUCCAAAACUAGCAGUGGCUGGAAUCCUCGGUUAUGCAGUGGGUAAAGCGUCUUAUGUGAGCACCUGUCGUCGCAAGUUCCAAGAGCUUGGGAUUGGACCGACGUUUGGACCUUGGGCCGGUCCUGGACGCAGAUCCUGUCAACAUGUGUGUGAAGAGUGUAAGAAAAAAUCAGGAGCUACACCAGCAGAGUAAAAGAAAAUGCAAGAAGUGCAUUUGCCAUCUCUCUGUAUUUAAAGGAAGAUUGCAAAUGUAGUUACAAAACUUGAAGAUAUGCAACACAAAAUGUACACAAAAUGUGUGUGUAUUCUACAUUUUUAGCUUUACUAAAGAGUUCUCAAUAAGGGCAUGGGAUGCUGCUUAAAUACAAUACUUCAUGACUCUCAAAUACCAAAUUAAGACUCGGUGUGAUUUUUUAUUGGUGUUUCAU